CACCUGGCGCGGGGCGCGGAGCAAUGGCGGGAGCGGAGCGGGGGGGCCCCGACCGGGACCGGGGGGUCCGGGGGGCCCUCGCUGUCCUGCUGCUGCUGGCGGAGAGCGUUGCGCUGGUGGGAGCCCAGGUGACCUCGGAGAGCAAGGAGGUGCCGGAGCACGAACCCGUGGACAUCCCGUGCUCCGCAUUCCGCUCGGGCUGGAGCGACUACCGCAUCGAGUGGAAGUUCCAGAAAGGCUCCUCCCUGCAGCUCUUCUACUACGGGAAGGAACUCACAGAGCCGUACCGGAACCGCGUGCGGUUCUCGCCCACCUCCAUCCACUUCGAUUCGGUGACGCGGGAGGACUCCGGGAAGUACAUCUGCGAGGUGGUGGGGGACAGCAGCCACAUCGCCAAGUCCGAGGUCACCCUCACGGUCCAAGUGCCCCCCGGGAAGCCUGUGGCCCACGUGCCCAGCUCUGCCACCAUCGGCUCCCGGGCGGUUCUGCGCUGCUCCGAGGGCCAGGGCUCCCCCCCGCCCACCUUCCGCUGGUACAAGGACGGCUCGGUGCUGCCCCAGGACCCCAAAUCCAGCCCCACCUUCCGCAACUCCUCCUACAGCCUCGACCCCCGCACAGGGGAGCUGAUCUUUGAGCCCGUGGGGGGCUCAGACACGGGGGAUUAUCACUGUGAGGCCUUCAACAAUGUGGGAUCCCCCCAGAAAUCCGACGUUUUCCGCAUGGAAGCGAGCGAGGUGAACGUGGGUGGGAUCGUGGCCGCCGUGGUGCUGCUCCUGCUGGUCCUGGCCCUCGCUGCCUUCGGGCUCUGGUUCGCCCACAGGCGUGGCUACUUCAGCAAGAAAACAGAGUAAGUGAUGCCGGAGCCGCUGCCCCCUCCUCUUUGGGAUAGUCCUGCCCCCCUCCAGGUGUCCCCAAAGUGUCCCCUCCCUGCCCCGGUCCCCUGGGUGUCCCCAGGUGGUGACUGGGGUGGGGUAGGGGGGGAGGGCACGUCCUGAUCCUGAUAUUCCCACAGUUCUGGUGGGAAGAAGGUGAUUUACAGCCAACCCUCAAGGCGCAGCGAGGGCGAGUUCAAACAAACCUCCUCGUUCCUGGUGUGACGCCGCCGCCCCUUUCCCCCCCCCCGGCCCCUCCCCCGGACCGGUUUUUCCCAAUUCCCGGAAUUCCCACGCGAUUUUAAAGGGUUAUUUUUGUAAAGCCUCGCCUGGUGCCUUCACAGCUGCCCCUGAAUUUUGGGGGCUGUCCCUUGUCCCCCUUUGUGUCCCCCCUCCUCGUGUGCCUUUGGCCCCCUCCUUGUCCCCCUUCAUGUCCCCCUUUG